AGAACAUAAAUAUAAUAGUAGAGUGAUUUUGCAACAAUGGUUAUAUGCAAGUUCUACCAACAAGGUAACUGCAAAUUUGGAAGCCGAUGUUAUAAUGAACAUGUAAGGUAUAAUGAGAACAGAAGCAGAGGUCAACAAAGGAGUCAAAAUGACAACUACGGCAACAGAGGUCGUAAUCAAAACUAUGUUCAGCCUUCUCGAUUUGAUGAUUCGAAUCGGCAACAUAAAUCCCACACAACAGAUAACUACAGCAGUCCAUUUAACAGAGGUGGAAGCAACAACACAAAUUUUUCCUCUGGGUCAGAAAAACACCAUACACAACAAAGCAUAGACAAAUUCCAUUGGACCUCAAAAUCCCAAUCAAAUCGCUUCAACGCUUUGGCUGAGUUAGAAGAACCUCCAUUAUCAUCCAAUACUGUUCAAUCAGAAGACCAUGCAUCUAUGUUUAAGACAAUAUCAGAAGACAUGGCUCUGUGGCCAAGUUCAAAAAUGUGGCCGUUUUCAUGUUAUUCAUAUGCAAAGGAGAAAAAUUGCGUAGAAGGUUUGGCCGACAUACAACCUGAGGAAAUCCGUACUUUGUAUUAUCUUUAUGGUUUGGAGCGAUAUCGAAAUAUCUUGGAUGAAGUUGAACUUAUCUACACAAAACGCAAGGAAGAGUUGAGAUACAUGAGUGAGGAAACAAAGUCUUCACUUUUAUUACAACUUGGAUCAUCAAUAGAGUCUAACCCAUCUGCUGGCCUCUCUAUUUAUUCUUUGUACGGUCCUGGCACAGAGUUUAAGUCUUCUUCAAAAGUAGCAGAUGUUGCUGCGUUUCCUACUCAAUCCACCGUAAACCCGACCGUUACUAGCACAACAACUGAUUUGUUCAAACCCGCUGUUGCACAAUCCAACCCAUCUGCUUUACCGCCACCUAGCAGUAGUUUUAUUCAACCACCGCCAGCGACUGGUGGCGCACUAGGGCAAAUGUUUAAGACAGUUCCAGCCGCUGAGACAAAACCGUUGGUAUCGGUGUCAUUAACUACGCAAGACCCGACGUACACAGAUAAAACUGAACUAACAGCAACUGAACUGCAGCAGUUUGAAGCGCAAAGCUUCACGUUAGGCAAAAUCCCAAUGCGUCCUCCCCCCAAAGACCUAUGCAGGUAGCACAACAUGAAGAUCUCAUGACCAUACGUGGACUACCAUACACAGCGUAUCUUUAAAACAUCUACAGUUCGGCUAUGCCAUAUCGUAGUCGAUCGACCAAAGCUUUGAAAACAUCGAUUCAUUCGACGUCUUUCAUCCACAAACAACUAUAAUGCCUCCAAUUUUGCGACGACUAAUAUAUCAUUAAGUGCUCGAGUUACCAACGGUUCCUAUCACAAAUCCGGAUAAUAACACGUACAUCGUUAUAUCGAGUUCUUACCCACACUCCAUCUAUAAGAUCGAGUUGUGCAUGUUAACGUGUAAGUGUCAAAGACGUGUUCUGUUUAUGUGUGCUUACGUUAACUGUCGGACCGCUCGGUCAGUUUCUGCUGGAUACCGUUUAUUUAUUUUCCUCUCGCCUCCCCAGAUUAUAUCUUAACGCAAUUACUUCUUUCUCUGUGGCUCGCAUUAUGAAACAUAACGCGUGGGUAGUUCACUAAAGUAUUUACCACCAACUAUUAAAAAGCAUUUCUAAAAUAUUUAGGACCAGUUUUGCAACAAAUAUUUUUUAAAUUAAGGUAAUGCUCGCAAUUCAUUAAAUAUUGUAAGCAAUUGUAAUUUUAAAGAUAAAGAAGCUAAAUAAUGUGCGGUUUUCCUUUUCAUAGAUAUAUAUAUGUCAUUUACAAACCCUACAGAAACUUAAUAUAUAGCGCCACAAUCCACCGGUUUUGCGUCAACCAAUAACCACUUCGGAUUAGGUUAAGGUUUACCGCAGGUUAAAUAAAGCUGCAUUAGCACGGUGACCUACUAUGGGUUAACGCGAACUAUGACUAGAAUGCAAGAAAUUCUUCCACGAAGAGCUAGGAUAAUAAUCUACUGGAGUUUGGCCAAUUGUACUUUAUUUCAUGUUUUGUUUGCCUACAAUGAAUAUAAACAGUGUUGGGAGAA